AUGGAACCAAGCUUCGUUCCCAAACCCACAACGCCCUCCUCCAGCAAAACUGAGCUCCAGAUCGGCGGCCUCAAGACAUACAUCUACGGCCUUAACCAAGUCCGACAAGAAGGGUGGACCGAUUUAGCGGUACUGUAUAUUGCGCACGGCAGAACGCGAUCGUAUCGGGAUAGUGAGGCGCUGGCUCAUGAAAUAUUGCAUCAGGUGCGAAGUGAUCCGACGCCGAAGGGGGCGGGGUUGAUUGUCGUUACCAUUGAUGCGAGAAAUCAUGGGGAGCGGAAGCUGAAUGACAUGACGAAUAUGGGAUGGACCGAGGGUAAUGAAUCGCAUGCCCAAGACAUACUCAGCAUUAUCUCCGGCAGCGCCCACGACUACGAAUUGUUGAUAGACUACCUUCCAACAUAUCUGCCUGAAUUCAAUAAAUUCUAUAACUUCAUGUCCGGCAUCUCUCUCGGCGGCCACACAUCCUGGCGCGUUGCGACCUCCUCAGUCGCCCUAAAGGGGAAACUGCACGGCGUCGCAAUAAUCAUCGGCUGUCCAAAGCUCACCUCUCUACUGCUAUCCCGUCUGGGCGUAGAUCUUGAAGCCGCAGCGCGAGAGUUCAGCGUUCCCCUUGAUCUCGUACACACCAUCUCAUACGAUAAGUUGUCCACAAUCCUGACGGACGAACAACGACAGCGCUGGCCGAAGGCUGUGGCCGAAUUGACUACCUCACUGGACCAGGUAGUGGAACAAUCCUACCCGAAAGACAUCCCAACAUUUAUCUUGAAUGGACAGCUAGAUCCACUCGUGCCGGACAAAUUUACGGCACAGUGGGUGAAGCAAAGGGUUUCAGAAGAGGGGUAUCACAAUAUCGAAUAUUUUGUGCAGAAGAAUACGGGGCAUACAGAGAAAAUCAAAAUUAUGGCGAAAAAUCCUUACAGACUCAUUCCGAAUAUCGUAGACCAACUUGCCCAGGAUGAGCCGGACAAGCUAUACGCCGAACUGCCCAUAUCUCACACAGACUUCGCUUCUGGAUUCCGACCUGUCACGUAUGCCGUGUUGGCAAAUGCAGUCAAUGGUGUGGCAUGGUGGCUUACGGAAACGCUGGGCCCUGCUGGUGCCAACUUUCCUACCGUGGCCUACGUCGGACCAAACGAUAUGAGCCAUAUUCUUUUGAUUGUUGGAGCUGUCAAGGCAGGGUACAAGAUGCUGUUCACUUCACCGAAGUAUAGUACCGAAGGGCAAGUGAGGCUUAUGAAGGCGGUUGACUGCAAGGCCAUUUUGACAUCGUCGAUUAUUACGCCAGUGUCCGAGGUUGUUGAACAGGUUGCGGAGAAACAUGGGGACAUUCCAAUACAUCAAGUCCCGAUGGUAACACAUUUCUUGGACAGUGAAUACCAGCCAUUUCCCUACAAGAAGUCCUUUGAAGAAGCACAUGAUGAGCCGUGGAUGGUGCUUCAUACUUCUGGAACCACUGGAUUUCCCAAACCGGUUAUCUGGACGCAUGAUUGGGCUGCAAGUUUUGCACUGCAGAGAUAUCUCGAACCACCCGAAGGUUAUGAGAGCUUUGAUCGACUCAUACUGGGAGCCCGUGUGUUCAGCUUGUUUCCUCAUUUUCAUGCUGGUCAUUUGUUCGUGGCUAUUCUGUUAGCUCUUUACAGCGGUACGACUAUUAUUAUGCCACCGGCUCUGGCUACACCGACAGCUGAACUUGCUGUAGCGGCGUCUGAGCAUAUUAAAGUGGAUGCUUACACUCUGGUCCCCCCAUAUAUAGAACAACUUGGUGCCAACCUAUGGAUGGUCGACACACUUGUCAAGAAUGGAGUGAACACAAUAUUCUGGGCUGGCGGGCCAGUCUCUCAGCAUCAUGCAGAGGAAGUCGCAUCCCGCAUCACAUUAUUCAACACAAGCGGCUCGACAGAGAUGGGCAUGUGGCCUGUGAUUCGCAAGUCUGGGCCAUGGGAUCCCAGAAUCUGCAGGGAAAUGUGUUUCCACCCGCAAAACAAUAUCGACUUUCGAGAGCAAUCCGAAGGCAUAUACAGCGUCAUAGUUGUCAAAAACGACCCGAAGACUGGCGUGCAACCAGUCUUUUACUACGCCAAGGAGGUUGCCGAAUAUGAUACUGGGGAUCUCUACACCCCUGUUUCUGAGUUUGGAGAGGACCACCGACUUUGGAGGUAUUAUGGUCGUUCUGAUGAUAUGCAGGUUUUUGCAAGUGGGUUGAAGUGGCAUCCGACGGUAGCAGAACGAAGGAUUGUGUCCGAGAACGCUAGCCUCGUGCAGGAAGCUCUUCUAGAUGGAUUCAACCGCACUCAUAUCGUCUUGUUGUUGGAGCUUGUGCCUUCACUUGCCGCAGAUUUAUCGGCCAUGUCCGAGCAGGAGCAAGCAGACACGAAGGAUAAGAUCCUGAAUGAACUUUGGCCAACUAUCUCAGAUAUCAAUGUUUCCUCGCCGGCCUGGGUGGAGAUUGACCGCAGAAGGGUUUUUUUCUGUGAGGCAGGAAAGCCGCUGGCCAGAACAGCGAAAGGCACUGUCCAGAGACGUCAAGCUAUUGCUAAUUAUGAGUCGCAGAUUCAAGAUUUGUUCUAG